GCGUUGAUAAGCCUCAUUUACCAAACCCGUGAAGAGAAAUAAAGUGUUUUUGGCUGCCGUUCUCAUUACCGGUCUAUGAGAUACUGCUUUAUAUGAGCUGACAGAGCAUUUACACCCACAGACACCGCAGUCGAAUCGCUAGGAAGCAUUUGUACACGGAUUCUCAUGAUACCUACUUGAUACGAUGCGUCUCUUGGAAACCCUACCGAAUGGCGACUUCCGCCUGACUAAACAGUCCCUCGACAAUGCGAUCCCUCCAUAUGCCAUUCUCUCUCACACAUGGGGAGAUGCAAGCCAAGAGGUCACCUUCGAAGAUAUGGACCAUGGUUCAGGCAAAAACAAAGCAGGAUAUCAAAAGAUCAGAUUCUGCAGCGAACAAGCCUCUCGGGACGGUUUACAGUACUUCUGGAUAGACAGCUGUUGUAUCAAGAAGUCGAGUGAUUCUGAGCUUUCGGAAUCCAUAAACUCAAUGUUUCGAUGGUACCAGCGUGCCGAAAAGUGCUACGUGUACCUGGCUGAUGUCUCAACAACCAAGCGAAAAAGAGGAACCGAGGACGUGCAAGAUACAUGGGAGCAGGCGUUUCGAGAAAGCCGAUGGUUCACGAGAGGCUGGACGCUCCAAGAGCUGGUCGCUCCAGUUUCAGUUCAGUUCUUCUCUCUAGAAGGCGAACCACUUGGUGACAAGAGACUGUUGGAAAAAGAACUCCAUGAAGUAACGGAUAUUGACGUUCGAGCUCUUCAAGGCGAUCCCCUACCGAAUUUCACCGUUCCUGAUCGGAUGUCUUGGGCAAAGAAACGCCAGACUACACGUCAAGAAGACAAAGCAUACUCCUUGCUUGGCAUUUUUGGCGUCCACAUGCCUCCGAUCUAUGGCGAAGGAGAAGAAAACUCAUUCAGAAGACUCCGAGAAGCCAUCAGAACAGCGAGUAAUGAUCUGCCGUCGAAUGCUUCACCCCUAGACAAUGUGCCUCGGCGAGAAGUCGCUCACUUCGUUCCUCGUGUGGAAGAACAGAAGGUGCUGAACGGCUGGCUUCAGAGCAGAACGCCGUCGCAGAUGAUUGUCUUGCAGGGUAUGGGUGGCUCGGGCAAGACACAGCUGGCACUUCAAUGUUGCCAAAUAGCCAGAGAGUCUGGCUUCAUAGCUACGUUUUGGAUAAACGCCUCGUCACCGGUCACCGUGGCACAGAGCUAUCGAUCCAUGUCACGCAUCAUUUCCCCUGGAAUCGAUGUUGGAAAUGAUGAAGGCGAGGCAAUUUCUCUGGUCCAGAUUCAGAUGAAGAAAUGGACUGGCAGGUGGCUACUUGUUUUCGACAACUAUAACAAUCCAAACUCCUUCCAACAGCGGCCUAUUAGAGAUUACAUUCCUGGCCAAGGUGGACAUGUGAUCUUUACUAGUCGACACAAAGAUUCAUCUCGCCUGGGCCUUACAAUGGACCUCUCUAGAAUGACUGAAGAUGAAGGCAUUAGAUUGCUAUUACACUUCAUCCCCGGUUCCAAGAACUCCGAGGCUAGCGAGGUUGUUGCCCUGCUUGGUUACUUAGCUUUAGCAAUUGAUCAAGCUGGAGCAUAUAUUCAUUCUCGCCUCCUUUCCCUCAGCCAGUUUGUCUCACACUACAAGAAGCGGAAGAUGAGAGUCCUCGAAGAGAUCCCGGACGAGUGGGAGUAUCAUGAUCUACAGGAUCCGGACCAUAUGCGACGUCUUAGUGUUUUCACCACCUGGGAUAUUGUUGAAUUGGUACUAGCUUACUAGUCCUUCCAGUACCAGGUUCAACUACUAAUAUUAGCUUCGCCACUCUCAUUUAUAAUGGUUUACUAUGGAAGCCUAUGGAAUAGCUCACUAUGGAAGCUCAGGGAACGCUCACUAAUAUAUAUGAGUCAUCUGAUUUAUAAUAUACUGGAGGAAAUCGCCACCCACUAGUGGGUAUAUAAGAACUGUACUUUAGAUUCCCUCCUCUCCUUUUUUACUCUUCACUCUCUUGUAUCUAGUCAUUCUGCAGACUGUCAACCUCCAAUAUAUCGAUUUAUCACCAAUAUAUCGAUCACUUUCCAAUAGAUAUGUCUUUGGACCUGAUUAAGGGGAACGAAGAAGAGAAAAGCCAGAAACUCCAAUUUCUUACUCUGGCUUCAUUUAUGGAUCCAUAUCAAAUAUCAGAAGUUUACUUUCGGUCGUACAGCGCCGGCAACGACGUUACCUGGAUGGAAUUUUUAAAGACUGGCG